UUAUAUAGUAUUCACCUUGUCUUCUAUUAUUCAUUUUCCCCCCUCUAGCUGUAAUUGCAUAGGGAAACAACAUCUCUAUAGCUAUAUGCAGCUAGGAGACUCAAGUGUGUUGGAGAUCUCCUCCCAUACCGAGCCCGAGAUGGCGGUGGUGUCGCCACCAGAAGAAGCACCACAUGAAGGCGGCCACAACAGUGGUGGUGGUGGUGGUAGUGAUGAGAUGAUUGGGAUGGAUUUGGAUGCAAAUUCAGGUGAAGGAAAUGAAGGUAACAAGAUGAGCUUUGGAGGGAACCGGUGGCCCCGUCAAGAAACUUUGGCUCUCUUGAAGAUAAGGUUGGAUAUGGAUGCAGUUUUUCGAGAUUCAAGUCUUAAAGGUCCACUUUGGGAAGAAGUUUCAAGGAAAUUGGCAGAGCUUGGAUAUCAAAGGAGUGCAAAGAAGUGCAAGGAAAAAUUUGAGAACGUGUACAAGUACAACAAGAGAACCAAAGAGAACAAAAGUGGCAAAUCACAUGGAAAAGCCUAUAAAUUCUUUGAUCAAUUACAAGCCCUCGAGAACCAAUUCACAGUCUCUUACCCGCCAAAACCACAACCUACUUCUACUUUGACUACAACAAACACAUUGACAAGUGAUCAUGGUAACAAAGUUAUCUCUUAUGUCACACCUUUUCCUUCAACAAACCCUACUCUCAUUCCACCUUCUCCACAAACCAACACCAACACCACUACCACCACAACAACAACAUCCACUACCGACCCUAGAGACUCAUCACCACCACAAACCAACAACAACAACAAUAGUGUCCCACAUUCUUUGCCAAACAUGAACGCUCCUUUCUUAACCACCACCACCUCCACCUCUUCCUCCACAGCAUCAGAUGAAGACUUGGAAGAGAGGUAUAGGAGGAAGAGAAAGUGGAAGGACUACUUCAGGAGGCUCACUAGGAAGGUCUUGUCGAAGCAAGAGGAGAUGCAAAAGAAGUUCUUGGAAGCCAUGGACCAAAGGGAGAGGGAAAGGGUGGCACAACAAGACAAUUGGAGGAUGCAAGAAAUGGCAAGGAUCAAUAGGGAACAUGAGAUUCUUGUUCAAGAGAGAUCAACAGCAUCAGCCAAAGAUGCUGCAGUCAUUGCAUUAUUGCAAAAGAUGUACGGCCAGCAAAACCCCACACAACAUGUUGAAGUAGAGCCACCACAGCAACAGAAGCAAACAAUGCCACAAUCACAGCCUCCAAUAUUAAUGCCAAACAAUAAUUUUGAGGUCAAGAAAAUGAAUAAUGGUCACAGUGCUACAAGUACUACUACUACUACUACUUCUCCGGUGAGUUCUUCUUCUUCUUCUCGGUGGCCAAAGGCCGAAGUUCAUGAUUUGAUAAGGUUAAGGACAAGUCUUGAAAUCAAGUAUCAAGAGAAUGGACCAAAGGCUCCAUUGUGGGAAGAUAUAUCAAUUGCAAUGCAAAGGCUUGGGUACAACCGGAGUGCAAAGAGAUGCAAGGAAAAAUGGGAGAACAUCAACAAGUACUUCAAGAAAGUUAGGGAGAGUAGCAAAGAAAGGCGUGAAGAUAGCAAGACAUGUCCCUAUUUCCACGAGCUUGAAGCUCUAUACAAAGAAAAGGGAAAAUCUCAGAACCCCUUUGGCAUGUUUCAGAAUAUGACGCCAAAUGAGACGAUGAUGAUGGAGCCAUUGAUGGUGCAACCGGAGCAACAAUGGAGGCCUCCACCUCAAUCAUUGGAAGAGGGUAUAGGGAAGGAUAAUGCAAGUGAAGAAUAUAAUCAAGAAAAAGAAGAAGAAGUAGAAGAAAAUGGUGGUGAUGAUGAUAAUAUUGAAGAAGAUGGAGAUAGUGUGGAAGAUGCAGGACCAAACCCGUGUGAGAUUGCGACAAAUAAUUAAACGUGCUUCAGUGGACACCGUUGAAGUAGACAAGAUAAGGAAUUUUCUGAAUGGAGAAAAAUUUACGUGUGUGCUUAAUUUACUUUUACUUAUUUCGGAAAAAAAUAGUCCUUUAUUUUUUUUAUCAUUUUAUUAAACUUCAAAAUGUGAUUAUUUCUUAAGGAAAACAAUUGUUGGGUAUAGUAUAGUCAUUCAAUUUUUAUUUUUCUUAUGGGGUCGUAAGUUGUAACACCUGCAAAAAAAAAUUGUCAUAAAUUGUUGACAUUAAAGACAUGGCACAAACACCUGCGCCAGAAAAUUCAAUUCUUUAA